AAGUUAAUUUUUUCAUUAUUUAUUUUUUAAUGUUUUUUACAAUAAUUUUAAAAUUAUUCGAGUUUUAAGAAGAUUUGUUUUGUUUAUUUUUUAUGUUUUAUUAUGCACUUUAUUUUUGCACAUGACAUUUAACGUUUGAAUGUCUUUUCUGCAAUUUGUUUUGCAUCAGAUUUGUUUGCUAUGAAUUGCUGCAAAUACACACGCUCGUGUUAGCAAUUGUUGACUAUUAUUCCAUUCUGCAAUUUUAAUGAGCAGACAGCCGCAAAAGAUGACGAAUCAAAUACAUGUACGGCAAUCGUUGCUAUUGAAUACGAUUCUCGCUCAUUAUCAUUGCAACAGCUUCUAGUAAUAAAUUUUAUUUUUAUAUUUAACAUGAUAUUCAUUACGAUAUUUAUAAGACAUGUAAUUUUAUAUUUUUAAUUUAUAUAACAAUUUUUAAUUCAAUUAAUGCUGUACCUAAAGGUAAUAAAUGUUGACAUUUGGUAAGGGGGGUGAAGAAUAUUUCUGUAUGUAAAUAUGUAGUAAAUUUAAUUGUUUGAAAAAAUAUGGUUUUUUUUUCGUUUCUUUCUUGAAAUUUAAUUUUUGUCGGAACUUCUCUAUCAGUAUAUACGUAAGCUGUUUUAAUCGUGUAAAGGCCUAGUAACACUAUAUUUCUAUUUUCAAUACACGACUUUAACAUGUGGAGGUCAGCGCAUAUAUCUUUUUACAUCAAUAAACUCGUGCUUAUGCGUGCAUCCUUAUUUUAAAUUUUCUCACACGAUCGCAAAUAAUCCAUCCUAUCGCUUAUAAUAUUAAUCUUCUACAAGUACACACGUUUUAUCGGUAUCUUCCUAAUACACUCGUGAAUGUAUCCAAAUUUACUUUCCUUAUCUUAAAGUAAGAAAUCUAAAAAAAAACCGUGAAAUAUCACGAGAAAGUCACAUCUGUCAUUGUAGUUGAAGUUAUUUUAAUAAGCAUUACCGAAUAUUUUAUUUUUAAUGAACUUUGAUGCGAAUAACGAACUUUGUGCGUCGUUUGAUAUUCUAUUUUUUAGCAAUAACUAAAAAAGGAAGCGACGAUUUGUCAAAAUCCUUGAAGGAGACAUUUUGAUUAAAAAUGUUUUUUAUAAAAAAAAUUAUAAAAAUUGUUAUUUAUAGAAAAAAAGUCAUACCUUAGAGCUGAUACUUCCUUGCGAGACUUUCAUGCUUGAUAUUCAACGAUUUAUUGGUCUUUCGUAACAAGAUCUCGAGUUUUCUAUCACCUAUCCUUUUUAAAGAUGAACCAGAUAGAUACUUAUGGUGAACUCGGUCUACACUUAUUGUUAGUGCACAUUAAAUGCUGCUAUAUAUAAAAUAUCUAAAUACAGUGACAUAUUACAACAUACUCAACUUUAACAAUAAAAUAAUACAUGGAUAUUGUGUUAAAUAGUUUAACAGUAUAAUUAUUGGCUAUUUAUAAGUUUAAAAGAUUUAUCUGCUUUUACAUUUAACUUUGUUAACUUUAUGUACUUAUAGCUUUUAAUAUACAUUAAUUCAGUGUGAUAAAGUGACCGAAUUCGCUGUUAGUUGUGGACGCCGUAAACUCGCGUGUGCAUACAAGGAGUUAAAUUUUAUUUAAUAAUGUCACUUUUUACUCUUUAUUUUACGAAAAAUUUUAUCAGAAAAUUAUUAUAACACGUAUAAUAUAUUUCUUCUCCUCUUUCUAUCUAAUUUAUUUUAAAUUAAUGUUAUACUACAUUAUAAAAAUGAUUUAUUUUAUACGAAGUUAUCUACAAAGUAAAGGAAAGGAUAAAACGGAGGGGACAAGAUAUAAAUUAUGAAUUUUUCUUAUAGAUGAAGGCUUCGAAGUAAAUUGCAUAAUCCCGCGAGGCACGCAAUAUCUUUCUUCCUCGCUCGGUCAUGUGCUAUUUGAAUUAAUUAGUCAAUGAUGACGAUAACGGAUGGACGUGUCCGUCGUAGGCUGCAACCGGUGGCCGUUUAGUAACUGCAUACGACCGGCGAAUGUAGGUCACUGAGAUUUCUCGUCGACGCACACCGGCAGGCGUUAUCUCUACGCUAGCUUCGCAUAUUGGUGUAAUUUUGCUUGUUUCGCAUAAGCGAGCAGAUCCUCGUGAAAACAUAUGCGUCUUUCUUGACAUCGUACAGACGUGCCAUUGUGGACACGUAGAAUGAAUGUAAUUUCCUUUCCUCUCCGGGUUCGUCGGCUCUUCCUCGCGAUUGUUACGAUGAUAACCACGAGCAGUUUAUCCUGAUAAAUUAAACCAUACAUACAAAAUUUUAUCAUAUAAUUUUGCAUAAAAAUUAUAAUUUGCAAUUUUAUAGAUACAUAGAUACGAAAAUGGAUGUAGGAGUAUUGAUCUUUUAUAAAAUAUUGAUAAUUGUGUUUGCACAAUUAAUUUCGAAAUAGUUUUUUUGAUCAAAUUAUAACAAUACGCCGAAUCUUGGUGGCAUAUUUGCAAAAUUAAAUUCGAAAAAAAAUUGUUUAAUAAUUGAACAAAUAUUUUAUCUGUAUUAUGUAUAAAAAAUUUAGAAAUAUAAUUGCUCCAUAUACAUUUUACGAAAAUACAUAAUUAUUCCUAAACUAUAAUGUAGAAACCUUGCAAUGUUUUAUACAAUAACCUACUAUGAGCGGGAAGUGUAUCAACACGUUUAAAUUGAGAAAAUAGCUAACCGGUUGAAAGCGGAUUUUAGUACUCAAUAAUAAUUUCCUAGGUAAAUUUAUAUACAUUUACAAGUUCCCCCAAACUGCGCGCCGCAUGUUUGUCGGACUUUAAACUUUUACGAAAUAUUUUAUGUAAUAUUAUACGUUUAGCAUGGCAACAUUUAAAAUGAAGAAUCAUAAACGACUUUUGAAAUAAUUGUGAAAUAUGUUUACGUUGGAUUUACGAAGUAGAAUUAGACCGUCUAUCCUUUUGCAUCGCGUUUAUUAUAACGAAAAUGAUGCGAGUUACAUCCGUCACGCAGGACUUUCUUCAAAGUAACGAGAACAAAGGAAGUGAUUGCUGUGAAAGAAAAAUGCACUUCGCGAUGUCAUCAAUAUCUUUUAUCUAAAGUGUAAACGCAUUGACACUAUAUACAUAUAAUAGAUCGAUUUAUCCACCGAUACUCCUACAGUUUAUACUUCAAACUUAGAUUUAUUCCACAUUUUUGACACAUAUUAUUUAUAUAUUACAAAGAAAAUUUAUAUCAACAAAGUUGCUGCGCGGUGUAUUAUCUUAGCGCGAAAAUUUUGAAAAAUUUUCGUAAAUUUAUGACAUUAUUAUGUACACAUAUAUAUUUGCACAAUGUGUCCCUAUCGGGAAUUGUGUUACGCUUAAAAUGCAUAAAUAAUUUAAAUACUGAGAAGAAUACACUUAUCGCGGCAUGAAAUUUCAUAGUUUGGAUGCGUGCAGUAGCUGCCGGACGAGAGAUAAUAUUUGAAAGCAAUACCUGUGCAUUACCGUAGAUCGCGUUUCAGAUGAUCAUCGCGUAACUACGCAGAUAUGGUCACUGCGGAUAUAUGUAUCUUCACGCGUGAAUCAUGCCUCUAGCUCCAUGUGCCUUAUUAGAGAAACUCUGCCUGACCUCUUCCCCCGCACUUGUGCCCAUAUAGCGCGACACGAAUGUGUAUAUAACGUCCGAUAUAAUGUGAUCACACAUCGAUGAUGAGGAAAAUAUCCUCCUAUACGCGCUGCUAUUUUUAGAAAUGAAUUGAAUAUCCGUAGUCUCCGUUUUUCUUGAAUAUACUUCAUGUUUGACAUUUGCGUUGCGUAAUAAUAACAACUGAUAUCUAGAGGAUCGUGGCGCGCAUAAAAACGUUCGUGUUAAUUUUUAUUACAAUUGCGGCAGUCUCGUGUGAUAAUAUGCAGAAACGAAGUCAAAGUAAGAAAAUCUCAAAUACUUCUCGUGUGCUUGUUACAAUUAACGUUGCUCUAUACAAUAAUUUUAAAGAAAUGUUUGUUCGUCGCUUUCGACAUUAAUUACGCCCAGCUGAAAAUUAUGAGUCGUUUGUAUUCGUAUGCUUACCGUCGUGUGUUAUAUGCGUACCGCAUCAUUACGUCAUGCAUCACAUAUUUAACGUAAUGAUUAUAACAAGGCAUGCGAAGUGUAGCUUAAUUGCGUCUAUUUAGGCUGUAGUGCGGAAUUAAUGAAUUGCGAGUUAAACCGCGCGAUAACUUGUGUUUUAUAGUUCUUUAUGUCUAUUUUAAUUUAUUUUUAUUGCGUUUAUUGUGGAAUUUGACAAUAUAUAUUCCUUUACGUUUUACUUGAGAUUAUUCUGCAGUUUAUCGAUAACAUUUUAUCAUAUCCUUAUUAUCUAAAAGAUUAUUAUCUUGAAAAGUUCAAUAAACUCAGACGCUUUACUGCUUUUAAUUACAAAUACUGAAAAUAAUAACAGUAUAUAUGUCUUUUCGAAAUAUGUGUUAAUAAAUUUAAUAAACUUAAAUAGCGUUGUUAAAUUUUUCUUUUAAAUAAAUAACGCAAGCUUGUUCUUUAAUCAAUUUUAAAUAGAUUUUUAAAUUAAAAUCUUGAUAGAAAUUUAAUUUGAAUUGUUAUUGAAGGUUUAAAAGUUAAGAAAAAUAUUUGUGAAGAUAAUAAGUUGAAUAUUAGAAUGCAAAUAACAUAUAAGAGAUAAAAAGUUCUAUCUUUUGGUUGAAGCGGAUCUUGAUUAAUAAUAUUUCUAUAUCAAUUAUUAUUAUAUAUUCAGAAAAAAAUUGGUUGAAAAACUAAAAUACUUAGUCCAAUAUGUUCAACUAAAUAUUGAGUUGAUUUAAUUGAUUCAACAAUUUACUAGCAGAAGAAAAGAUAUAAUUUAUUCAUGUCAAUCAUUAAAAUAUUUUGAUGAAAAAUUAAUCAAAUUAACUCAAUAUUUAAUUAAAUGUGUCAGACUAAAUAUUUUAGUUUUUCAAUAAAUUUUUUUUUAGUGCAUACAUUUUUCAAUUAUGCAAAACACAAUCGUAAACGAAGCUAGAAAUAUUAUCUCAAAUUAAAAUCAUCAUUAAUUUUAUUAAUGACUUUAUAACCACCUUUAAAAAACUGUAAAGAGUUUAUUGCGAAAAAUAUUACCCAAUAAAAAAGUAUUGGAGAAGAUAUUGGAGAAGAGAUAUGACAUGUGAUCAAAUUUUUAUUAAACAACUUAUUAAAUCGACAUAUAUCAAAUAAAUCGAUAGUCAUAAUUUCUGUAAUAUUUACAUUGCUCUAUCUUGACUCUUGCUUUUCUCUUUUGACCGGGUAGAGUUCAACAUGUAACGAGACUCGCAAGUUAAAAUUGUUGUCUUGUGCGAUGUACGCACGGGUGACUAGAAAACACAUUAAAGCGAGAAACGCGUAUUACACGUUCUUUGCUUUAGUGUGUUUUCUAGUCACCCGUGUAUAUUUAGUGACAAGGCAGCCGCUUAAGUCAGUCGCUCGCAAAAGGUCAACAUUGAUCACACCGUCUAUAAGCGUGCCGCAUUAUUGCCGCUAAGAACUUAAAAGUAAAGUGCUGUACGGCUAAGGCGCUUACGACUUGGCGGUAUAAUAAAUGGAAGUAGCGACUGCCGUUCGUAACGGGCCAUAUUAAUAAAAGAUUGCAUACUUUUUGAGGCGUAAAGCCGUCUCGAAUAUGAUUGCGGUAAACAAAGAAGAGCAAUACCAAUAUUGUAACAUAAAAUAAUGCUAACGUUGCAAAAAUAUGAUACGUGAUAGCGUGGAAAAAAUAAUAGAGAAAUCUAUAUGCAAUUCUAAGAAAUUUCACGUAAGUCUCGCGAAAUCGCGUCGAAUCUACCGCUACAGUUGCAAAGAGAAUUUCUUGGAAACCGUAUUCGAGGAAUGGUGUCGUUUGAUCGAUGCUUGGAACCGUUCACAGUUGAAUUUGCUUUCCGAGUGGCCGUCACGCGUUACGGAGCCACGAGAAUAAUGUCGAGGAAAGGGGUUAAGUACCGAUCGAAUUGGACGCUGCACGACGAAAAUAUCGAAAAUGUGGAGCAUGUGUGCCUCGAUCCCGAGAUUCAGCGAGAACUGGGUUGCUCGGUCGGCGAGCAUGUGUUUCUGGAAUAUCCUUGGGCCUACGUGUCGCGAGAGACUGUUUUAAGGUUCGCCAACGUCGCGGGCUCGUCGUUAGAGCCGUAUCGUGAUAGGAUCGAGGCUUACAGCGGCGAUACUUUCCUUGUGGGCUAUUCGUCCACCGAGUUAACCGGUCGCGAUUUCAUGAUCUGUUUAACACAGGACGCGAGGUCAACUGUAGCGAGGAGGAACGCCGACAUCAGCAAGAAAAUCCGGAGCGAAGUUAUUCAGAGGAUCAGGAAAACUGGCAGGUUCUGGAAAUCCCUCGGAAGCGAGGAGGUACUAGACGAGGGCUUGGUUACAAGCUCAAGAGAGUUCUUCGAGGUGGAAGUGUAUCUUCCGAUCAAAUCUUUAGGUCUGAACCGGAGGCUCUGUGAUAGAUCUUCGGAAGGGUCUUGGGACAGCUAUGUAGAGUUAAUUCCACAUGAGAGAUUUGAAAAUAUCGAGAGAAAAUGCGUCUCUAAAAUGAUUCAAACACACUUUGAGCCGCGGGAAGUCGAAGUUCAAACCUAUCCUGGUUAUCCUAAGAACGUCUGGACCCAAUACGUUUACGAGGAUACCCUGGGAUUGCAAGUUGAUGAUGUCGAAUCGGAGGAGAAAGAGACAGAGGAAAAGAAAUCUGCCGAGGAGAAAUCCGAGAAAGAGUCAGAAGAGAAGAGGACUAUCGAGGGUUCGAAAGAGGUGUCCGAGAUCGACGCGGAUCAGAAGCCGGUGGAGAAGGGCCCAUUGGAGCUUUUUUUGGAAAGUCGCGUCCAGGAAAUGCUCGAGGCCGUGUGUUACAAUACGGUCGUGAACGUGCACGUGGACGACAUCGAGACGCUUGCGCAGCGAGAGUUGGAAAUAACCCGACCGCGAGAUGAGAUCACUUGCGCGGAACGCUUCUCUCUCAUCGACUUGCGCUUCACGGCAGGCAAGGUCAUCUCCGAUGCUUCUUGGCAUCCAGACCUCGUCGGAUAUGUGGCUGUUUCUUAUGUUACCGCACUGUCGCUUGAGAUUGUUCGAUCCACGUCGAGCGUCGAGCGUGACAUUGUAUUGAAACCGGAACCGACAGCGUUGCUGUGGUCGCUCGCCGAUUCUCUCCGGCCUCGGCUGUCAUUAUGGUGCUGUCAGAAAAUCUACUGCAUUUCCUUCUGCCCGAUGAACGGUGACUUCAUAAUCGGCGGUUCCGCGUCUGGUCAAGUGGUCGUCUGGAAUAUUCACGGGCAAAUAGAAAAUCGAGAUGCCGAGGCUCGAGCAGACGUUGAGCUCGACUUUUCGACUCGGGACACUGUUUCUAUUACUUUUGCCUCCGUGAUAUCCGAUCGGGAUCACUCGCACGAGUUGCCGAUUCAUCGAAUACAAUGGCUUCCUGACAAUUAUAGGAUAGAGCCAUCUGGAAAACUGACGAAACUGUCCACUAGCUCGAGCUGUCAAUUCCUGACGAUUUCCGAAGACGGAAUUGUUGCUAUCUGGGAUCUUCUUAGAUACUCCGUUACUUCUCAGCUAAAGAGCGAUCGCGAUGACGUUAACGGUAUUUUUUGACCAACGUAUCGCUUGGACGUUCGGCCUUCCGAAAACCCAUCUUUCACACCUCUUUACUUGUGUCUUUCGUCCAUCAAUGCUUUUCGAGAAAGUGAUAGGCGUCGUAACGAAUUAGAUUGUACGGAUGUCGACUUCACGAAGAGAUUGUGGAUCGGUACGGCGCAGGGACAUUUCGCCUGUUGCACCUGGGAGGGUCAGAUGUUCGACGUAGAAACGUCCGGUUUAGAAAAGUGCAAACUUCUUAAUUCCUCGUCCGCACACGACGGUCCCGUUGUAGCAAUUUCCCGAUCGCCGCACCUUUCGGACGUUUUCCUGACAAUGGGCGGCCACGUCUUUGCCAUUUGGAAGGACGAUUAUUUAGACCUUCCUUUGUUCAGACGGAAAUCCGAUUGCGUGUACACCGCGUGUUGCUGGAGUAAUCGACCGGGAAUCUUCUUGAUGGGUACUAGUUUAGGCGAUCUAGAAAUUUGGGAUAUUAAAAGGAGAGUAAACAAGCCGGUGUUCAUGCAGACUAUUUCUAGAAAACCGAUAACUCUCUUAUCGCUUCCAGAGUCGCGUAAACACGGUUGCAAGCUGAUCGGCGCUGGUGAUUGCAACAGUGCUUUUCGCAUUUUUGAAGAACCAACGGAAUUUGAGGAUGAUACGGUUGAAAGGAUGGAUUGGUUUGAGGAGUAUAUAUGGCGAGAAGUGAGAAGAAAGAAGAUGUUUUCUUCGUGGCAGAAAGAUUUUCUUCAAAAUGAUGCGACAGUCAUCGCUAGAAGGCAAGCGAGGGCAGACGAAGAACAUAGAUUGAAACUUGAUAUGGCAAGGCAGAAACUUCAGAAAGAACAUGAAGAACGAUUAAGAUUGGAGGCUGAAGAAGAGGCACGCAAAAUACCGAAAUCUAAAGACACUAUAUGGAAACUGCGUCAGCAGAAAAGGAUGAAGAAAGUUCUUUUAGAGAAGAAGAAGUUUCAGCCACGGGAAUUACAGGAGAAGAGACUGCCGUUGGUCCGUUUAGCUGAAGAGAGGAAUCUAAAAAUGAUUAAAGCAAAGAACGAAGUCGCUCUUCAAGAUAAGCAUUUCGAUAACUUUGUGUCUCUCAAAUUUCCAGAAUAUUACGAUCUUAUAGAAAAAGACGAGAUCUUGGAAGAGAAACGUGAGAUGGAUGAAGAACGUGUAGAGGAUGAAGAAAUGAUAGAUAUAUAUCUGCAAGAGUUUUAUAAAGUCAGGGACGAGGCGCGAAAGAUAAUAGCGGAGAAACCAUAUUGUCCAAAAUUUGAUUGGAACAUUUGUGUGAAAGAAGGAAAGAAGAAUGAUGUAUGAAGAAUAACAAAGUAUAAAAAUACAAAGUAUGAAGAAUGUAUAAAUGUAUAAAUAAAAAGACUUUUCUGAAAUGCUCUUUUGUGAAGACAAAUGGCUACCGUUUCAAUUUUGUAUAAUGGUAAUUUGGGUUGUAAACGAGUUGAUAAGAUAACAUAGAUCAACAACUGCUCAGAAAUUCCUUGGAGCAAUGAAUUACGUAAUAACUACAACGCACAUAAUUGUAUUGAAAUUUUAAAGAUUAUAUUAUAGCAAGCAUAUAAUAUGUAAUGUAAGAUAAUAUAUAUAUAUAUAUAUAUAUAUAUAUAUAUAUAUAUAUAAGAGUUAUAUAUAAAGACAAUAUUAUUCUAAAGAAUAAUAUUAAAAGCAAAGGACAAUAUAUUAGAACAAAAUUAAGCAUUAAAAAAAUAAUUCAUGUUAACAUACGUGCGAGAGUUAAAUCCCUACAAGUUGAAGGAUAAAUUAAUCCGUUCAAAAUAAAAUCAGUCAGAUUUGUUCCUCUAAUUCUGCAAUAAUUGAUUCAACUAAAAUAACAUGACUAAUUUACUUUUUUACUGUAUCAAAUACUUUACUCCCGUUAAAACAAGUUGAAGCAAUAAAUAAUUGUACAUUUUUAAAGACUUAUUAAAUAGUUACAAACGAAUAUUAAACAGUAUCUAAAGAUGCGGUAAAAAUGCUAUUGGCUGCGCGCGAACGCAGAUUUUCAUAAUUUGUACGAAAAAACUGUUCCUAUUAUUACAAUUGUUAAAAUUUUUAAGUUUAUGUUAAUCACACAAUAACGAUAACAAAGGCAUUUGACAUUU